AAGCAAAAUGGUGAGUUGGUGGCGUGUUCUCCCAGCCCUAAAUAAUCCAAGAAAUUAACAUCCAUCUCUGUAUAUCUUGCCGUUAAAAUGAGUACCAACAAAAAGAAGACCAGGAAGUUGAGGGGUCACGUUUCCCACGGUCAUGGACGUAUCGGUAAACACCGCAAGCACCCUGGAGGUCGUGGUAACGCUGGUGGCGCCCACCACCACAGAAUUAACAUGGACAAGUACCACCCUGGUUACUUCGGAAAGCUUGGUAUGCGCAACUUCCACCUGAGAAGAAAUACCAAGUGGUGCCCCACCAUCAACCUUGACAAAUUAUGGUCUCUUGUCAGUGAACAGACCAAGGUCAAGGCCCAGAAGACCACAGAGAAGGCUCCUGUCAUCGAUGUUGUCCGUGCUGGGUACUACAAGGUCCUUGGUAAGGGCAACCUACCCAAACAGCCCGUAAUUGUUAAGGCAAAGUUCUUCUCCAAGUCUGCUGAGGAUAAGAUCAGGGCGGCCGGGGGUGCAUGCAUCUUGCAGGCUUAAGUUUUCUAAAUAUUAAAAUAAAAAAAAUAUUAAAUCCA